GGCGGAGCGGUGUGGUCUGGUGCUCGCGCCCUCAGCGUUUGGGGCGACGACGACACGUCACUCAUUCAUUCAGUGAUUUUUUUCUGUUUCUCCGCGCUCGGCGUUUCUUAAACUCGGCUCAGCUCGCCGUGCACCGUCUCUCUCAACGCACGGAGUCCCGCGUGCGAUUAAAGUACUGGAAUUAGCGCGAGAAAACCGGACUAAAAUGCUGAGAGGAGCCGCCGCGCUGCUGAAGCGCCGCUGGCCGCGCGGACCGACGUCACCAUCUCAACGCUUAUUUAGCCUGAAGGCCCAGACGGCACACCUGGUACUCGAGGAUGGCACAGUGAUGAAGGGCUACUCCUUUGGCCAUAGGUGGUCAGCGGCUGGAGAGCUGGUGUUCAACACAGGGCUUGUGGGGUAUCCAGAAGCCCUCACAGAUCCCAGUUACAGAGGUCAGAUCCUCACCCUUACAUACCCCAUUGUGGGCAACUAUGGUGUACCCAACACAGAGGAGCUUGACGAGUUGGGACUGAGAAAGAAUGUGGAGUCUGAUCGCAUUCAGGUGUCGGGACUGCUGGUGCAGGACUAUAGCCAUGACUUCAGCCACUGGAACUCAGUGAAGUCUCUGGCACAGUGGCUGCAAGAAGAGAAGGUGCCAGCUCUAUACGGCAUGGAUACUAGGAUGCUGACUAAGAUCAUCCGAGACAAGGGCACAGUUUUGGGGAAGAUUGAGUUUGAAGGGCAGCCUGUAGAAAUAACUGAUCCAAACAAGAGGAAUCUUGUGGCAGAAGUCUCUACAAAGGAAACCCAAGUGUUCGGUAAAGGCAACCCUAUCAAAGUGGUGGCAGUGGACUGUGGGAUCAAGCACAACAUAAUCAGACUGCUGGUCAAGCGUGGAGCCGAGGUGCACUUGGUACCAUGGAACCAGGACCUCAUGAGUCUGGAUUAUGAUGGUCUGUUCAUCUCUAACGGCCCUGGAGAUCCGUCUCUGGCUAAAACCCUGAUCCAGAAUGUCCGCAAGGUGCUGGAAAGUGAUCGGCCCCAGCCUGUUUUUGGCAUCUGUAUGGGGAACCAGAUCACAGCUUUGGCUACUGGUGCACAGUCUUACAAACUGCCCAUGGGGAACAGAGGCCAGAACCAGCCAGUGCUAAAUGUGAUGACCGGGCAGGCCUUCAUCACGGCUCAGAACCAUGGCUACGGGAUAGACAGCGAGUCUCUGCCUCCAGGCUGGAGUCCACUCUUCAUCAACGCCAAUGAUGGAACCAAUGAGGGCAUCAUGCAUAACACCAAGCCGAUAUUCACUGCGCAGUUCCAUCCAGAGGCAAAGGGAGGCCCCACAGAUACAGAGUUCCUGUUUGAUACCUUCAUGUCCCUGAUAAAGAAGGGGAAAGAUGCAAGCAUUGAGUCUGUGAUGCCGAAGAAGCCUGCAGUUCCACAGAGAGCCCAGGUCUCUAAGGUGUUAGUGCUGGGCUCUGGUGGCCUGUCCAUUGGCCAGGCUGGAGAGUUUGACUAUUCAGGAUCUCAGGCUGUGAAAGCUAUGAAGGAGGAGAACCUGAAGACGGUGCUCAUGAACCCGAACAUUGCUUCAGUGCAGACUAAUGAGGUGGGCACCAAGCAGGCAGACUCGGUCUACUUCCUGCCUGUCACGCCUCAGUUUGUGACAGAGGUGAUCAAAGCCGAGAGGCCCGAUGGCAUCCUGCUCUCAAUGGGGGGACAGACUGCACUCAACUGUGGAGUGGAGCUGUUUCAGAGCGGCGUUCUGCAGAAGUACGGGGUGAAGGUAUUGGGCACACCUGUUGAGUCCAUCAUGGCCACAGAGGACAGACAGCUGUUUGCUGACAAACUGAUGGAGAUUAAUGAGAAGAUCGCCCCUAGUAUCGCAGUGGAGUCGGUGGCAGAUGCUCUGAAGGCAGCAGAUGAAAUUGGCUACCCGGUGAUGUUACGCUCAGCCUAUGCUCUAGGAGGACUGGGCUCAGGUCUCUGUGCUGACAAACAGAAGCUGGAAGAUACAGCACGCAAGGCUCUGGCCAUGAGCAGUCAGAUCCUUGUGGAGAAAUCUUUGUUGGGCUGGAAGGAGGUGGAAUACGAAGUGGUCAGAGACGUAUCUGAUAAUUGUGUCACUGUCUGCAACAUGGAGAACUUUGACCCCUUAGGAAUUCACACAGGUGACUCCAUCGUGGUGGCGCCCAGCCAGACGCUGUCCAAUGAGGAGUACCACAUGCUGCGGGAGACGGCCAUUAAAGUGGUGCGUCACCUGGGCAUUGUGGGUGAGUGCAACAUCCAGUAUGCCCUGCACCCGUCCUCACUGGAGUACUGCAUCAUUGAAGUCAAUGCCCGGCUCUCUAGAAGCUCAGCACUGGCUUCUAAAGCCACAGGGUACCCUCUGGCAUUUGUAGCGGCCAAGCUAGCGCUGGGCAUCCCUCUGCCUGAGAUCAAGAAUGCAGUGUCUGAGAAGACCACUGCCUGCUUUGAGCCCAGUCUGGACUACAUUGUGACUAAGAUCCCUCGCUGGGACCUGGACCGCUUCCAAGGCAUGUCCCGAGAGAUCGGCAGUGCCAUGAAGAGCGUAGGAGAGGUAAUGGCGGUGGGUCGCACCUUCGAGGAGAGCAUCCAAAAGGCACUGCGGAUGUGCCACCCCUCGGUGGACGGCUUUGUGCCGCGGCUGCCCCUGAAGAGAGCCUGGAGUGAGCAGAACGACCUGCGCCAGGAGCUGGCCGUACCCUCCAGCACUCGCAUUUUCUCCCUCGCCAAGGCCCUGCACGACGGAGUCACCGUGGACCAGAUACAUGAACUCACAGCCAUUGAUAAAUGGUUCCUGCACAAACUCAGACGCAUUACAGAGCUGGAACAGCACCUGCGUCAGUACAGCAGCUCCACAGUUCCAGGUGAUGUGCUCCUGAAGGCCAAGCAGGAGGGCUUUUCGGACCGGCAGGUAGGCCAGGCCCUGAGCAGCUCUGAGGGAGAAGUCCGCACCCUGAGGCUGAGCCACAACAUCCGACCAUGGGUCAAACAGAUCGACACGCUUGCUGCAGAGUAUCCUGCCGUCACCAACUAUCUCUACUGUACCUACCACGGCCAGGAGCAUGACUUGGACUUCAGAGACCAGGGUGUGAUGGUGUUGGGCUGUGGUCCUUAUCACAUCGGCAGCAGUGUGGAAUUCGACUGGUGCGCAGUGUCGAGCAUCCGCGCCCUCAGACAGAUGGGGAAGCGUACCGUGGUGGUGAACCAUAACCCAGAGACGGUCAGCACCGACUUUGACGAGUGCGACCGGCUCUACUUCGAGGAGCUAACCCUAGAGCGCAUUCUGGACAUCACCCAGCAGGAGGGCUGCACAGGUUGCAUAGUCUCUGUCGGAGGGCAGAUCCCCAAUAACUUGGCCGUGCCUCUGCACCUAAACGGCGUGAAGAUUCUGGGCACGAGCCCACUGCAGAUCGACCGGGCAGAGGAGCGCUCCGUCUUCUCCACUAUCUUGGAUGAGCUGGGCAUCGCUCAGGCUCCGUGGAGAGCCCUCAACUCCCUGGAAGACGCUUUUGGAUUUGCCAGUAAAGUGGGUUAUCCCUGCCUCUUACGCCCAUCCUAUGUUUUAAGUGGUUCUGCGAUGAACGUGGCCUACGGGGAGGAGGAGAUGAAACGCUUUCUGGAGGAGGCGGCGCAGGUUUCACAGGAGCAUCCUGUGGUCAUCACCAAGUUCAUUCGCGGGGCCAGAGAGGUUGAAGUGGACGCAGUGGCCAAGGCAGGCAAGGUGCUGGUUCAUGCCAUCACAGAGCACGUGGAGGACGCUGGAGUUCAUUCAGGAGACGCCACCCUAAUGCUGCCGACACAGGCCAUCAGCCAAGGAGCUCUGGAAAAGGUGAAGACCGCCACCCGUAAAAUUGCGAAGGCGUUUGAGAUUUCAGGGCCGUUUAACACUCAAUUUCUGGUGAAAGGCAACGAUGUCAUGGUGAUCGAGUGUAACCUGCGCGCCUCACGGUCCUUCCCAUUUGUGUCUAAAACCAUUGGCGUGGACUUCAUUAACGUGGCCACCAGGGUGAUGGUGGGAGAGCCAGUGAACGAGUCCCAGCUGCCCACCCUGGAGAACCCCAUCAUUCCUGUAGACUAUGUUGGCAUCAAGGCGCCGAUGUUUUCCUGGCCACGCCUGAGGGACGCUGACCCUGUCCUGCGCUGUGAGAUGGCCUCCACCGGAGAGGUGGCUUGCUUUGGACCAAACAUCUACUCAGCCUUUUUGAAGGCCAUGCUGUCCACUGGGUUCAAACUCCCUCAGAAGGGAAUCCUCAUAGGUAUCCAGCAUUCAUUCAGGCCAGACUUCCUGUCCACUGCGCACCAGCUUAAGGAGGAGGGAUUUAAACUGUAUGCUACAGAGGCUACCUCGGCCUGGCUGAACGCCAAUGAUGUGCCCACGACCCCAGUCGCGUGGCCCAGCCUCGACGGUAAAGACUCCACCCUCCCCAGUAUCAGCAGGCUACUCAGCGACGGCCACAUUGACCUGGUAGUGAACCUUCCCAAUAACAACACCAAGUUCCUCAAGGACAACUUCCUUAUCCGCAGAAUGGCUGUGGACUACGGCGUGCCCCUUAUCACCAACUUCCAGGUCAUCAAGCUGUUUGUUGAAGCCAUUAAGUAUUCCAGCGAGCUGGACACUACAAGUCUCUUCCACUACCGCCAGCGAGACAGUGGCCAGCAGGGUUAAAGACGUCUGAGCACAUCACCCCCUCAUCGCAUCCCUUCUGCAACCUCCAUGGCACAGAGCCCACACCACCUCUUAAGGUCCAAAGUGCCACUAUGGGCAGCGCACUCUGCAGUGCCAUGUCUAAUGUCACUUGGAGGGGGGGUCAGAGCAUUCCAGCCACUCUCUAAGGUCAAUGGGUUGUCAUUUUGACUGGGUUGAAGGACACUUGCGUCUAGUUGAAUCACCUCAGUGUGACAACAGAGAGAAGGGGAUAAAUUACUGAUCUUAAGAUUUUUGCCUGGGGGCAGUAUUGUUCUUUGUUUAUAUUCGUGUGCUGCUUUUCUUGACAGUAUUUCCUAUUGUGUUGAAGAUAGCAAUUGCCUUAGCCCUAAAGGGGCCACUGGACUAACAGAGCCUUUGAUAGGUUUUGGUUUCUUCUGAUUGUUCCUCUGUGGUUUUUUUUUGUUUGUUUAUAUGCUGUAGUCUGUUUAUUCAGGCUAUAAUGGGAAUGAAGGUGCUUUUCUGAAAUCGUUUUCCAGCUGUACUAUUAAAGGAGAAUUCCACCAAUUUUUCCGAAGGUUAGAAAAUGCGAAACAGUGCAGCAUAGAGAAACGUACGGUCUCAGAUUUCUUUACAGUGGUGGUAAAGAAGUGCAAUGGCCACAACACAAAUACAGCCAUUUUAUUUACUAUCAAAAACAAUCAGUGAACCUCUGUCUUGUGUUUUUAUGGAUUAUAAUAAUGGUAUAAUAGUAGUAAAACCAAAAAAGUUUCUUUGGGUACUAUUUUGCCUUACAACACAUGAAUGUACCUUUCAACCAUGAACAGACAUUUAAAAAAACUGAUUUUAGGCCAAAAUUUUCCCAGAACUACAGUACAGCAAUGUCUCAAACAUCAGGCAGCACAACCAUUUCAUAUACUAGUUUUCUGUGAUGUAGCUUAGAUGUAUUAAACACUGUCACCACUGUUAUGAACAAUUCUGGCUGUUUCUUUACAAUGGCACAUUUCACAUCAAACCAUUCUGAAUUCUCCUUUAAGUAUGGUAUUUCAGCACAGAGAGAAGAGUAUUUAAAUGCCAUUACGUUUACGUGGUUGAAUGUGUGUUAAACAGUGGGGCAAACGACUUUGGGGGAGCUCAAUAAACACCAGCAUGUCACACUCCUUUCCACAUAUCACCACUCUUCAGUAAUUUCACACUACAAGCACAACAGUCCUCUGAGAAAGGCUCUGGUUAUACUGUAUAAGUAAUAAGCGCUUGUGUGCUAUUCAUUAGCAUAAACCAAAUUUUUAUGCGUCUUUUAAAUGACAUUUCAUUCGGCCCUUUCAUUAUGAAUUGUUUUUAUUGUCUCUGUUUGUUCAGUCACUUUGCUGAGUGAGAGUUUAGAGAGCGCUCGUGGGAGAUGUGGAGGGACAUUGAAUUAAAAAUCCUCUGGCUUAAUAAA